GCCGAGCGACCUGCUCCAACCUGAGGGCUGCGAACGGGAGGCUGAGCAGGUGAAGGCCUUUUGUGCGAUGCAGAAGCUGAACGCCGUGGUGGCCAGUCGACAAAUCCCAGCCACCGGCUUUGCCUUCGACUUUGGGAAUCGUCUCAUUAGGGUGUGCUCCUGCGUGAAUUACUGCGACCUUCGAAGGGGAAACCUGGCGGCCAUCUUGUACGUUGUCCAGCAAGACGAAAGUAGCGCUGUGACUAUACGGCCCAAAGUUUUGGCAGCCUAUCCAGAUCGGAAGGACUUCUUGAGUGGUCGCCCGCUCCUGCCGACGCCCAGCCGGGCACCGGUGAACCUCCGGUGGCCCCGGCAGUCACGCGCGCCCACGCCGGGGCGUUUGCGAGACCCGCAGGCAGAUGAAACCGGGCACCCCGUCACCUCCAUCCGCCUGCUGGAAGAUCAAGCCACCGCAGCAGUCGAGGACGAGACCGUACACUUUCCGGUCUUGUCUUUCGCCAAAGCUUCCCCGCAAGGUUGAGCGUUGGAAGCGUUCGGCGCCUUGAUCAGCCAAAGGGUGCUGACAUCCAAUUCAAUUGCGAGAUGAAUUGAGCAAUUGAUUGUUGCAAGGACCAA